CAGAACCGAAUGUUGCAGGUGAGAAGUGCCAGCCCGGAUGUGUCAGUGUGGUUCCACGCUUUCGGGCCGCCUGACAACGUGACGUUGUCCGUCGACGCGGCCGGAGUGAACGCGUCGAUAGUGUCGCCGGAUUUGGCGGCCAGCAACGGGAUCCUGUACGUCAUCGACCACGUGCUGGGGAUCCCGUACCAGAACGUCUUCAAGAAACUCUCCACGGAUCCCAUGAUGAAAAUCACCUACGACUUGGGCACGCAGCGAAACUUCAACGAGCAAAUGGAAGAUGACAAGAAAAAGUUCACCUUCUUCGUUCCUUCCAACGAGGCCUGGGAGAAGCAGCAGAGCAAGAAUCCGUCCGCCAUGAAGAAAAUCAUGAUGGGCGCGUUUCCUGGGAACACGAAAAUGAUCUUGGAGCGACACCUAAUGGCGAACGAGGCAAUGGAGCUCGAGGAGAUGGUCAAGCAGGGCAAGGUGCAGAUGGCGCGCGGAGGAACCAUUCAGGUCACCAAGGACAACGGUGCGAAGAACAGGAACAAAGUGGCGCCUCAGGCCAACAAUAAGGGAAAGCCAGAGAGUGGCACUAGAUACCUGGUGGAAUGGGACGGCAUUGUGGCGGAAGUGGAGCGAGGGGAUAUCGAAUGUACCAACGGGUACAUCCACGUGAUCCGGGACGUGCUGAUGAAGGACAAGGAUGUCCAAGUGAACACAGCUGCAGUUCCGGUCGGCGCCACUUCCGGCUUCCUCUCCUUCACCCUGCUCUCCUUCCUGGCUGCGAAACUCCUUUCGCUAUAAACCAAUUCCACCCACUUUAUUUUGUGUUAUUUUGAACUAUCCCACACCUGCAAUCGGUCCAUCAUCUUCUUCUUCUUCGGUGUAGAUGUCGCAUCCUGUAUACUCCUGUGUUCCUCAUCGUCGCGAAACCGAAAAUAUUCGCUAUCUCUAAUGAGGACCGAUUGUUUCGUGUGUGUUUGUGUGCGAGUGUUUCUUUUUUUCCGACGACAGCGUCGUCGCCGUCAAGUGCAAAAAAAGCAAGAAACAAUUAAUUAUAGUUAAUUAAUUGAAACGAGAGAAAAAGUUAAAAUCCAAGUGGGGUCUCCCUCAUCUUGGAUAGCGUUGGCAAUUUCCAAAAAUUUCAAUCCCCUGUUGCUUAAUUGGUGAAAUUGCCGUCGUCUUGAGCUCUGAAGAAUUACAGAAGAAGCUCAUCAUCGUGACUUGCAGAGUCAAAAUCAGUUGUUUUGGAAGUAAGCAGAAGAACGAAUUGUCCAUCAAGAGGCAACUGCAGAAUCUCGUAUCAACAAUCCCCACAAAUUUGAGUCCCGAUUUAUUGAUUUGUAAUAAGUUUAGUUUGCAAUUUGUUUUUUAUGACACUGCAAAGAAAAAAAAGCUUUUUUUCCGCUCGCUCAGGGAUUUUCCGCAAUCGUAUCCGAUCCAAAGUUCUGGUUUUCUAACCUCAAAAAUAAGCAUAAUACCAGCACAUCGCUGCGAUUCUAAAGGGAAAGAAUAAGCUUUCCUGCGCUUUUUUUUCAGGCCUUAUUAUAGCUGAUUUCCAACACAAAUUUUUUAUGCGAGUGGGAGAGUUUUUUUCUGAUUUUGAAAUUUUUGUUUUUGCAAAGUGCCCUGGCUAAGUGUUCAGUGCGAAUGUUGACUGAGAUGAGACAAGCUUAGUUUUCUUUGUUUGUUUUGUUUUUUGUUGUUGUGUCUGCUGGGGGAGGAGUCUGCUCUUCCAAAAUGUCCGCGCUGCCAUUUUGCUCUCUCGCAUGAAACUCGAAUACGCGAGUGGAUUAUUUCAUAUAUAUAGGGAGUCUAAACCUGCUGUUUUCCUUUGAUGAAGACGCUCCAAAAUUUCCUUUUUUUCAUCUUUUUCGCUGCUGCAUAAGGAAGGAAAUGUUAUCUCGUGUUUAAUUUUAAUUUUUCUUGAGGAAAAAGUCGUGAAGAAAUCCUGUGUGUGUUGUCUUUCUUGCAGCAGCACCACGGAUAGUCUUGAUGAUCUAUGUAUUAGUUGAAAAUUUUUUUUUGCGAAUGUUCGUACCCAUUCCUGCCGUUGUUCGAGCUAUAUAUAUAGUGUACGAACAAUCUGAGCGGAGUACAAAGCAGCAACAAAACAAUAUCCGAAGUUUCUUUUUGAAGAGAAAAAAAAAUUGACAAAUCGCACUGAAGAGUCCACAUUCGCAUCUUUUAAGCUCUAUCGCUUCAUCUAAUGACUGUCGAACAAAACAAAAAAGAGUUGUUUUUAGUGUGGCAACUCUUUAUACAAGGGCAAGAAAAAGGUGAAACGCUUGCUUGAAGGCGAUGGAGGAAGAAAAAAAAUGGCAAAACGAAAAGGUUCUGUCGAGUGCAAUCGCUGACGAGCAUCAUUAUUGAUUUCGUGAGAGAGAGAGACAAAACAAAAUUUCAGUUCUGUUUUUUUUGUUCGUUGUCGCUUCACUGUUUCUUAUCAUCGUCUCACGAAUAUUUUUGCUAGUCAAAUGAAAACGCAUGAAAGUUCCGGUCGGGUGCGAUGAGAAGAGAAACGUGUCCCUGUUAAAAAGUUUUUCCUUUCCUUGACGUUUUUUUUUUCUUUGUGAGCUUGGGUCACACCAGUUAAUGAGGAAAAAAACAAAUUUCCGAUUCUGUCAAGUGCUUAUUAUUCAAGACUCAAUUUCGUCGUGUUACACGAAUGCAAUAUGAAAUCCAAAAGUUGAAUGAGGAAGGGAAAAAAAGUAAGAAGAGACGCGGUAUAGGGAGUUUUGUUUGUAUGUGAAUGCGUUUGGCUGAUUUGCGGAAUAUGAAGACGGUCUACCUCAUGUGCAAUGUUUUCCACGAUGAUUUUGAUGAGAUCAUAAUAACGAGCAUUUGACGGACUCUGGAUAUUUUCCCUUGCUGGGUGUUGGAUUGAAUGAUUCGGGGGUUGAGUUGAGUGAACGUUUUCGAAAGAAGAAAAUUUAGGUAUGUAGGCAAAACAGCCCCGGCAUAUUACAGGAUAUAAUCAAACAUUCCGGAUCGGCUAAUUUCUGUUUGUUUUUCUUUGUAUGUUUUCCCCAGUGCGGCUUUACUUACUGUUGGACAUAGAGCACGGAACAAAAAUCAUUUCUCCUUCUUUCCGCAGCGAAAUUUAGGAUAUGAGAAUUUGUACAGAUUUUUUGAUACUGUUGUUUAGGGCGAUGCUUUUUUGCCUGGCGAAGAAUUCUAGAUGUUGCUAUUUAUCUGCAUUUUUCCCCCGCCUCUUUUUUCGCGACUCAAUCUGGAGGAGGUCUCUAGUCAGACGCUCUCUUUGUUUUUGAGAAAAGAAAAGAACAAGUAAAUACUCUUUUUAUGUCGAUGUGCGAAGGAAAGCCGAAAUGUUCGUCGAUGUGUUUUUUUUUCGGUUUGAAUGUUGCUGGGAGCGAAAGUGCGACAUCUCUGAAAAGGUGCCUGAAAAAAGGGCUCCUCGGUUCAGAAUGCGCGAAUUUUUCCGGUCGAUUGAAAACUCGUUUGUUGCUUUAUUUCUUUCAAGAAAAACGGUUAUGAAGGGAAAAAAAAACCGCGAGGGAGAAAGAAAAAAACGUUCUACCGAUUUCAGAAAAAAAGGAGUUUUAAGAAGAAGAAAAAAACAGAAGUCUGCUCGCCUAUAGCUGUUUCGUUCUUCGGCCUUUUGUGGCUUGGAAAAAAAAAAGUUUUUUGCAAAAAAAAAUAUUUAUUGGAGGUCCGGUUGCAAACUCCCCCCCCCCCCCCCCUCCUUGCAAAAAUUUGUCGCUAAGAUGCUUACGGUCAUGUGCUGCUUCUUGUUUUUUUUU